GUCUGGUCCGGAGUACACGAGCCUACCAGCAACAGAUGUGGACAACAACAUGAGUGGCAACAUAUUCGUUCCUAACACACCCGGCUCAGAUGAGAACACACUGGAUGAACCCAUAUCCACUACAUUGAUGAGGGAUAUAAAAGCGGUGGGCAGCAAGUUUUACCACGUGAUAAUACCACGUGACGGGAGUCUGUUACUCAAUGAUUGGGACCUGUGGGGACCUCUCAUACUCUGCACUCUUCUUGCUAUCAUUCUCCAAGGACACAGUGAUGGUAAACAUGACGGUGGUCCACAGUUCGCACAAGUAUUUGUCAUCAUCUGGGUGGGAGCGGGGGUAGUUACACUCAACUCUAAACUCCUGGAUGGCAGACUGUCCUUUUUCCAGAGUAUAUGUGUACUGGGUUACUGUGUGUUUCCCCUUGCAGUGGGAGCAGUUUUAGUAAAGAUGUUCAGUUUGUUUGGUCUAAAGAAAGGACUUAUUGCGUUCAUUGUGGACUUUGUGGUUGUUGGCCUGGCUUUUGUAUGGGCCAUGUUUGCGGCUGUAUGUUUUCUGAAACCGACCAAUAACCCGGGAAAGAAGAUAAUAUCAACCUAUCCAGUGGGACUCUUUUACUUUGUCAUAGCUUGGCUUGUCAUUUCUCAGCCUUGACUUGGUCUUCAGAUCUAUAUUUGAAUCAGUUUCUUUUUCUAACUAACAGGGAUUUGAUAAGUAUAAUGAGGUGCAUGAUUAAUGUAGAAUUCUGCUGAGGUUAUUUCGACAUGUUUACAGUGGAGUUAGUGGUAUGGUGGCUGAUGGUACUAGGGGUAAACUAUUUGAUCGAGUAUUUGUAAUGAUUUGUUUGCUGCGCAAUAACUUAUUAACUUAGUAACUUUAGUUGCAAUUUGAUGAUCAUCGUGGCUUUGGUGUACCAUUUUACAAAUUAGAAGCUGCAAUCUUUUGGUCGCUCCAUUUCUAUUUUGACGUGAUGUGCAACGAUUUCUCGUCAUACAGUCUUAUUGAGUAACCCCAAACGCGGAAACUACAAGGAAGAACAUGGCUAAGUUAUUAUUAAGCUGCAGUUUUCAUGAUUUUAAAAAUUGAUUACAUAAUUGAGCAUUGAAUAAAGAACCUGCUUAAUUUGUAAAUCUUCCUCUUACUGUCUGGAAAUUAAUAUAAAUUGGACAUAACAGGUUUUUUGUCGUUUUGAAAGUUUGUCUUUCAUUGUUGGCUCGAAAUAUGUAAAUUAAGAGUACUGUUUUAAAUUUCGAAAUGUUAUUCUGUGAUCUGUAAAUUAUUUUUAUCAAAUUAUUCAUUAGCUUGUUUGCAAUGAACAUACUA